AUGUUUCGAAUUCUCAACCUAAACCGAGCGCUUAGUCUACAUCCUGGGGUUGACGACCACCCCGUCGAAUGCGAGCUUGUCCACACCUCGCUUAAGGAAGACCCGUCAUACGCCGCCCUUUCCUACUGCUGGGAUGCGCCGCAACCGCAACACCUUAUCCUUUGCAACGGCCAAAAGCUCUCAAUUAGACAUAACCUAUUCACCGCCUUGCUUCAACACCGCCAUCCCGAAAACCCCAUCACCCUAUGGGCGGAUGCAAUAUGCAUCAAUCAGGAAGAUCUUGAAGAACGAGGUCGGCAGGUUAGUCUCAUGAAAGACAUCUUCCGGCGUGCAAGGGAGGUCAUGAUUUGGCUAGGUGAAGAGGCCGAUAAUAGCGCCAUCGGUAUGCAGGCUGCACAGGACCUCGCAAAUGCCGGGCGACAGUACCUGAAGCAACGCGACACGCUCGAAGACCUGCCCCACGAUGAUCCCUUGGUCAUCUCGACGUUUGGACCUUUCAAGCAGAGGGAGCAGUGGGCUAGGGCUACCGAGUUGGACCCCCGACUGGAGGGUGAUACGACAAUCGCCAGUGGUGGGCUUAAAAACCAGGACGACAUCUAUGAAGUUCGCUAUAAGGCUAGUGGCAAUUCUAAGCCGGCAGUUCAAUUCGGCGAGGAUGGUUCCCUUCUCGGCCUGGAAUGCGCUUGGGUUGACACGGUUGAGAUGGUGGGCACUCCGAUGAUCGUGGACGAGAUCCCGCACGGCUUCCCUGGUAUCCUAAGACUGCCAAAGCUUGCCUAUAUGCUAGACGAAUGGCGUCGCGUAACUGGGGUUGUGGAUGGCCACGCAUAUCCCACCGGGGAACCAAUCGUAGAUGCUUUUAUCCAGACGCUCGUGGGAGCGCCCCUCACCUCGAAAUGUCCUUCUUGA